AUGGGGUCCUGCGCCCUGGCGCGGCUGCAGGGGCUCUUCGCGGUCUACAAACCCCCGGGGCUAAAGUGGAAGCACCUGCGGGACACCGUGGAGCUGCAGCUUCUGAAGGGUGUCAAUGCUGGGAAGCCUCCUGCCCCUGAACAGCGUGUUCGUUUCCUGUUAGGACCCGUAGGAAGCGAUGAAGAGAAGGAGCUUACCCUCACAGCCACCAGUGUGCCCACCCUCACCAACCAUCCCCUGGUCUGCGGACCAGCAUUCACCAGCCUGAAGGUUGGUGUGGGACACCGUCUGGAUGCCCAGGCGUCUGGGGUGCUUGUACUCGGCGUGGGACAUGGACGCAGGCUCCUCACCAGCAUGUACAAUGCUCACCUCACCAAGGAUUACACAAUACGUGGCCUCCUGGGCAAAGCCACAGAUGACUUCUGUGAGGAUGGGCAGCUGGUGGAGAAGUCAACAUAUGACCAUGUGACUAGAGAGAAGCUGGACCGAAUCCUGGCCCUGAUCCAGGGCUCCCAUCAGAAGGCCCUGGUGAUGUACUCCAACCUGGACUUGCAGACCCAAGAGGCCUAUGAUAUGGCUGUGAGAGGCUUAAUCCGGCCCAUGGAUAAGUCCCCGAUGCUGGUAACGGGCAUCCGAUGCCUCUACUUUGCACCUCCGGAAUUCCUCAUGGAGGUGCAGUGCAUGCAUGAGACACAGAAGCAGCUGAGAAGGCUGGUGCAUGAGAUCGGCCUGGAGCUGAAGACCACUGCUGUCUGCUCCCAAGUACGGCGUACACGUGAUGGCUUUUUCACUCUGGACGAUGCCCUCCUGAGGACCCAGUGGGACUUACACAGCAUCCAGGAUGCCAUCCAGGCUGCUGCUCCCCGGGUGGCAGCGCAGCUGGAGAAGAGCUUGAGGCCAGGGCAUCCAGCAGCUUCCAUGUCCAGGCCGGCUCUGGGACUCCAGAGGGCCUAGCUCUGGCUCAGGGCUAGAGAGCUGUUCAGGGCAUUGAAAGGCCAGGUGGCUGGCAGGGCAGUGAAUGGAUAAGAUAAGAAUUAUUGGCAAGCUGGAAUUGAUAACUGUGCAGAAAGCAAGAGUAGGGGAAACUUUUCUACAUAUGACAUAGAACUCUGAAGUUGUAAGAAAAAAGAUCCAACAGAUUUGACCCAAUUGGGGUCAAAGGAAAAAUUUCUUUAUGGAGGAAAAGAUGAUAAACAAAUGGUAAGACAGGUAAAAAUAUGUAUGAUAUGUUUAAGAAUGACUAUCCAAGGGCACCUGGGUGGCUCAGUCAGUUAAGUGUUUGCCUUUGGCUCAGGUCAUGAUCUCAGGGUUCUGAGAUUGAGCCUGCAUGGGGCUCCCUGCUCAGCGGGGAGACUGCUUCUUCCUCUUCU